CUUGCAAACCACCGUGAAACAAGAAGAAGAAAGACGGAAGAGUAGCACAAAAGAUGUUUUCCUUUUAGUCAUGAUACCCAAGUGGGUACUAUAGAUGCCUCCGUGUACGAAGGUAGGCUUACUUCUUAUUCGGCAUUCAUCUUUGCCGGUUAAUUGAAGUUUAUGCUCUACAGACCAAAGAGUUUCCCCGGUCGGGUGGUGUUGACGAUUAAAUAUAAGCAGAUAAGUCGCUACUGGCUCUUCUCAUGUUGAAACCAAACAACCAGUCCAAAGAUGUCAUGGUUUAAUUACGUCAGUCAAAACUCAGACCACCAGCAGUUUCCCACCGAGAGCAGCCGAAUGUCGGCCACAGACGGCUUAUGUGCUCCUUACCGUUCCGGGCUCUGGGGGGCGCCGAUGACUGUGGCUUCACCGGCUGUGGCAACGCAAGAGCGGACGGGCUUUGCUUCGACACCCCAGGGUGUUUCCUGUCCCCCCACCUUGGAGAAUCUGACAUGCGGGUCUCCGAGCGGAGGCCAGGUGACUGAGCCCGUGCCCAUCUCUUAUGUGAGCCUCCAGGAGCAGAGGUGCGUCCUCAGCUGGUUCCAGGGCUGGUCUGGCUCCCAGCGGGAGAGAUUUUUGCAGGAUCUAGUCGGCAAAGCUGUGCCUGGGAAGGUGUGCACCCUUCUGGACUCUCUCAGUACUCUUCAGGUUAAGGACAGACUACCAAACAUAUUCGAAUGCCAGCUACGCCUGUGGUCACAGUGGUUUGAGUCCUGGGGAGAAGAUGAGCGCAAUCAUUUCUUGCACAUUUUGGAAGAGCGUGAUCCCAUGUUUGUUGCCCACUUUUACAACUGUGUGGCAGGUACAGCGGGCAGAGACUGAGUCGUGAUUCUAUCUUGAAACUCAGUUUAGGGACAGUAAGAAAAAUAAAUGUGUAUUAGUUUACAGUAGUACUACUCCCACAGGAGACGUCAACAUAAGUGUGAGGAGGUAUCACCUUUCUGAUGAAUGGACUCCUGAGGAUUGUGACCAACCUUCUAAGUCUGUUUUAUAAACAGGUUCUUCAGGGAAACAUCACAAAAAAAGUAUUUAAUGUAAAACCCACCCCUUAUUUGGAACUAAAAUUAGCCAUUUUGAUUAAUACUGUACUUAGUUAACAAAUCUUGAUCAUUGAAGCUAAUGUGUGUUGAAUGUUAUUGCUUGAUUUACGCUGAUUUAUAUACCUGAUAUGGUGUGGACAUUUUUUUUUAAAAUAAACUUGCACAAAUAAAUAAUAUGCAUUGUUGUACUUUUGAGUUUUUUGUUUUGUUUUGUUUUUUUAAUAUAAAUGUCAGUAUGUCAUGAAUAUGUGUUGCCCCAUGAUAUUAUUACAUAUGCAUGAAAAAUUGAAGGACUACUUUUAAAAUGUGAAGUAGAGCUCAAGACCAACUUUUUUUUUAUUUUUUUUACUGAGAGCAUAGUUGGCCACUAACUUAAAAUUUACUUGCAAAGAAAAUAUUCUGACUCAUUUUCACUUUUAACACUGAUUUAAUAGAGUUCAUAGAAUAGAAUAGAAAAUUAUUAG